GGGGAGGAGAAGGAGGGGGUUGGCUUCAGUGUGAUGUGAAUGGAACAGAGUCAGUGUGAGAGGGAGAGAGAGAGAGACAGAACAAAUCAACCUGCUUCUUUUGACCAAACAACGGGAUGGAAGGGCCGAGCACCAAGGAACACUGACCGCCCAGGAUUUUGAUUUUUUGGAGAGGGUCAAAAAGGGAGCAUACGAAGGCAUCCGAAGACGGAGGAGGAGAGAGAAAGUCCCAGUGUGGAGCUAGAGAGCAGAAACAUGCUGUCAUGGGGAGAGGGGGGGGAGGGAGCCGACCGAAGGGAACAAGGCAGGGUCGAGCCCAGCUGAAAUGUGGAGGUGGCCAGUGGAACAGACCAAAGAGGCGCAGUAGGCUCUGAGGGGUGGAUGGAUGACAGGUCAUAGAGGCCGACACACACAGAUCCUCCCCAACCCAGAGGGCAGAGAGCUGGGCUCUUCUCACGGUAAAAUCCCUCUCAUCUGCACAUGCUGCCAGCUGGACCAAACCACAAUUGGACCGAACCACAACAGGGGCACAUUACGAUAGACAUCGGCAAAGCUACAGGAGGCGCUAAAGGAAUUUGGAAUGGGUGUGCAAUUUCCAAACCGAAAAUCUCUACUUCUGGAUGAAGACCAGGUGUAGCACCAUUAGUCAUCAGGUCUGGGAAACUGAGGAACCAUAGUUAGAGGACCGGAGUCAGAGCCUGAGAAACCAUGCAGUCUGACGACCUCUUCAUCCGCAAGUUCUGCCGCCAGAGGCCGAGACCCCCUCUUGUAACGGUCAACUUUGACUCUAAACGGGAUGGCGGCGUACGCGCAAGGGUGGUGGCAGGGGAGUGGCCCCCGAGGAGGGACGGGGAGGGGGCGGACGGAGAGAGCCUUGCCACCCCGGGCCUGGUGGGUGUGAACCUGAGGUCAGUGGGGUUCAGAGGUCACAUCAUGCAGAGAAGCAACAGCGACGUGACACUGGGCGACCUGGACUCUUCCGGGAAGGCCGGGGGGAAGGCCACGCGGGCCACGGGGGAGAAGGCGGGGGCCCCGGGGGACUCGGGGGUGAUCCUGCACCGGGAGUACGGCAGCCUGUCCUCCCUGGAGCGACAGACAGGCCUGUCAGCCACCCGGGACCCGGGGGCCGACGACCAGGGAGUGCUGAGCCCAAGCGCCCUCCGCUUCAAAGACCCCUUCCUGCUGCUGGGCCUGCAGGGAACCCCUCCAGAACCAGACGGCUACUUCAGGACUGUGUCUGCCCCCAUGGGAGACACCCCAAAACCAGCCAAGCCCCCUAAACCCGAGGGGCUGAGCAAAAAAUCCAAGCCGUCCCCCCCACAAGUCCCCCAACCGGGCCCAUACGAUACCCUGGGGAGCGUAACCUGGGUCAGGAACUUCGCCCACUAUGACGUUCAGAGCAUUCUGUUUGACCUCAGCGAAGCAGCCAGCAACAGGGACAGCAUCGGCCGCAAGAAAAACAUCACAUCGGGUGCGUCAGCCGCCUCGACCAUGCGGCCCCUAGCUCAGGCUACACCCUCCUCGCCCUCCCAGGGUGGGGGUGGCGGCCCCACGGAGGACCCCGAGCAGGGCCAGCUGGACGAGGGAGACGGCAAUGACAAUGAACUGCUGCUCAGCUGCCCCCACUUCCGUAACGAGAUGGGAGGCGAGGAGCGGGCGGGCCUGGGACGGACGCAUGGCAGAGGAGGCCUGUGGCUGAGCUUGAGGAACCCCAACGAUGCCGUGUCGGUCCUGGAGGAACCCAGAGAGAGUCACGUCCAACAGCAGGGCAAGAGCAACUAUUUCAUAGAACAUGCAGACCUAGGAGCCCACUACUACCGUAAAUACUUCUACAUGAAAGAUCAUCAAAACUUCUUCGGCAUUGAUGAGCGCCUUGGUCCGGUGGCCAUUAGUUUCAGAAGAGAAGAGAAGGAGGGGUCCAGUGGAGCUCAGUAUAACUACAGGAUCAUCUUCAGAACCACUGAGUUGAAGACUCUGCGGGGGUCCAUCCUGGAGGAGUCUGUGCCGUCGGCAGCUCGGCACACCACCCCCCGCGGGCUAUCACCCAAGAGGCUCCUGGAGUUCAUCAUUCCUGAGCUCAACCUCCACUGCCUGCGUCUUGCAUCCACCUCGCCCAAGGUCCGAGACACCUUGCUCAAGCUGGACGAACAGGGGCUGAAUUUCCAGCGGAAGGUAGGGGUGAUGUAUUGCCGCUCAGGCCAAAGCUCUGAGGAAGACAUGUACAACAACGAGAGCUCAGGGCCAGCCUUCGAAGAGUUCCUGGACCUGCUGGGGGAGCGGGUCAAUCUAAAGGGUUGGGAGAAGUACCGCGCUCAGUUGGACACCAAGACGGACUCAACUGGGACCCAAUCCCUCUACACUCGUUACCAGGACUAUGAGAUCAUGUUCCAUGUGUCGACCAUGCUGCCCUACACAGCCAACAACACACAGCAGUUGCUGAGGAAGAGGCACAUUGGGAAUGACAUAGUAACCAUAGUGUUUCAGGAACCAGGAGCUUUGCCGUUCACUCCUAAGGCCAUCCGCUCCCAUUUUCAACAUGUCUUCAUCAUCGUCCAGGUGGACAAGUCAUGCUCUGGUCAAACCUACUACAGGGUGGCGGUGACACGCUCCAAAGACAUCCCGUUAUUCGGCCCCCUCUUCCCUAAGGGCGCCCGAUUCCCCAGCUCCCCUGCCUUCAGAGACUUCCUGCUGGCCAAGGCGGUGAACGCCGAGAACGCCGCAGAGAAGGCAGAGAAGUUCCGCUCCAUGGCCACGCGAACGCGACAGGAGUACCUGAAGGACCUGGCGGAGAACUACGUGACCACCACGCCCAUCGACUCGUCCACCAAGUUCCCCCUUCUGUCCCUGGGGGGGAAGAAGAAGGACAAGCUGAAGGGCGCCAAGGGGGCCGAGCUGCACAGCGCCGGGGCUCUGGUCUGGGCCGUGGUGGCCUCCGGUGGGAACGACGAAGACCCCGGGGGGCACAAGCUGCCUUGUCUCCUGGGGGUGUCGGCUGAGUCCGUGGUGCUGAUCGAGAGAUACACACGGAGAGUGGUGUUCAACUGCUGCUGCCGCGACGUGAUUGGCUGGAAGGCGGUGACGGACAGCAGGGCUAUAGGCGGGCCUUGCCUGGACAUCUUCUACGAGAGGGGGGAGGCCGUGUCAAUCAAUGUGAUGGACAGCCAGGCAGAGGAGAUACGGGAGAUGGUGCAGAGGCUGGAGUUGGUAACACGAGGCUGUGAGGCGCGGGAGGUGACACCACUGCGCGACGGGGUGGGCCAGCCGGGCUUCCUGAUGAGCGAGGAGGGCUUUGUGACGGACCUGCAACGGUUCGGCUACGCCGAGAGCGGGGGUCUGCAGCUCGGGGCACGGGUGGUGCGGCUGUGUGGCCACGCCCUCGUCCACCUGGGACCCGAGGAGAGGGCCAGGCUCCUCCGCACCGCCCACAAGAUCCACAUCACUGUCAUCCCUCCGGACGAGAAUGGCAAGCCUCGCAGGAGUUUCUCAGAGUUGUAUCAGAAAGCCAUUCAGGAUGCAGAGCAUAAGCCCGGGGAGGGACAGUCUGGAGAGGCCUGGGUGCUGGACCAGAGGGAAGAGGAGACAAAGAAAGAAGUGUGGGAACAGGGAGAUGGGAAAGAGAUGGAGACGAUGGAGGAACCUGCUGAGGGAGGAGAGGCUGAGGACAGGCAGCCAGCGGUGGGGCAGGAUACGGACAACCAGGAGGACCAAUCGGACCAGGGCACCCUCCUCUCCCCCACCAGCCUGCCUCUGAUACGGGCCACCUCCCUGCAGGACCACACCCCAGACCAGACCGCAGAGGAGAUCACUCCCUCCCAGUUCACACGCAGCUACUCCCUAGAGAGACACCAGGCCUUCCAGGAGCCAUGUGACGGGCAUGUGUACGACAAUGUAGCCACCAAGGUGGAGCCUCACAUCUACGAGAACCCAGGGGAGCUUAGAGACGCAACGCCAGACCUCAUCCUGGCUGUCAAACCUAAGCUGCCUCAGGAUGAGGAACAGUUCAUAGGGGCCAAUAGGGGGGAGGAGAAAGCCUCAGCGAGUGACGUCUCCGUGUCCUCCACCCGGCUGUCAUGUCUGGACAGAGCGGAGAGAAACUCCCGAGCCCUCAGCCUGCACAACUCCAUCACUAAGAUCUUGUCAGAGACCACAGACUCCACAGAGGAGGAGUGGCAGUCUAUAGCUGAUUUAGCCUCCGCCUGCCGCAGCAUCCUAGAGGCUUUGUCACGGGAAGAUCGUAAAGCAGGCGAUGGUUCACAAGAAGCAGACUCCCUGACAGACGGCAAACUGAAAGACAUGAAGGAUAGACCUGAGCUGAACGCGGUCUGCUUGUCGGUGUCUCGCCAUGAUUUAGAUGAUUCACCCGGCCACCUGGAGGAGAAGGUGUCCCAGCUGGAGGACAUGCUGAAGAGGCUGCAGGACGAUCUGCAAAAGGAGAAGGAGGACAAGGCGGUGCUGCAGGCCGAGGUGCAGAGCCUCAGGCAGAAUAACCAGCGACUACAGGAGGAGUCCCAGAGCACCGUGGCCCGUCUCAUCAAAGUCACCGAGCUGCUGUGCAAUGUCAACAAGCCCUGCUAGCUCCAUCAAAGUACACACUAUGUGUACCCACAGACAAAGAGAUAACAUACACUCAUGUUGUAUACAUACACACGUACUCUAAUACUGAAUCUCCAUGAAGAUACGCACACACACACACACACACACAUAUUCAUACUACUUUGCAUAGACAUUUUAACUCUAGGCCAGCCCAUGGGUGCAGAUGUAUGCAAGCAAACACCCAGAGAAAAACACCCAGAGACUUUUCUCAGAAACUGAUGGUCUUCUCAAUAGAUUGACCAAUGGUCACACAUAUUCAAGGCUGUUCUGUACCCAAACUAUGUUUUUUGUACCGUGUGUGCAAGUGUGUGUAUGUUUGUGAGUGUGUGUGUAUAUAUAUAUAUAUAUAUAUGUGUGUGUGUGUAUAUAUAUAUAUAUAUACAUAUAUAUGUAUGUGUGUGUGUGUGUGUGUCACCAUGGUUCUUUUAUCUUGCUUCACAUACUUGACAAGUUGGGCAGAAUAGCAAUUGCUUAAAACGACUCGAUUGAUUUCGAUGAGGACAGCAUGUUUGGUGGCUGCUUAUAUGAAUUGACCUAAAACGUGUACUAUGUCUUAUGAUGGCCGUCUGGAAACAAUAGUCUCCUUCUUCUCUCUGCUCAACCCUCUCCUUCAUAUGCAAUGUCUCGGACUGAGAACAGUUCAGCGCCAUUAGAGUGGAGGGUCCUGGAACUGCGUGUUACACCGAAAAAGGGGAAAAGAUGCUUGAAAAGAUGGACUGCUGCACACUGACCCUGUCCCUCUGACAGUUUUCUCCCAGAAUGUCUGGUUCACUGUGUAGCGACCCCCCUCCAUGCCUCCUCAGAUUCAUCUGAAGGCUCGGGGUCUUGAGUCGGACGGUAACAAAGAGAGUAUUUCAUAUUCGCUUCAGGUGAAAGAGAUGCAACUUAGUUAUGAGGAAAUGGACUCACCGAAUGAACUCAGAGAGCUGGUAGAUUUCCAUGCAUUGUUUUUUUGUUACUUAAGUUGAAAGGUUUAUUGAAGUGGAUUAUGCCCCUGAUGAGGAUGAAUCCUCUGUGUCCCUUAAAGACUGGAAGUAGCGCUGCUGUGCUCCCCCUGCUGGACUGAACCUAGUAUCGCCACACGGCAGCUCUCCUUGCAGAGGAAAUAAGUUGUAGGGAUUUAAUGUGAACUGGACAGGCUUCCUUUAACGAACACUCUCUGGUGUUCAAAUGUAUUUAGUUUUUCUUCGCUGGCUACGACGACAAUACAUUAUAUCUGAAAUGAAUUCAGAGCAGUUUUGAAGGGCGUUGACUGCGGGUGAGGGAACCUGUUCCGACCUUCUUUCUGUGUGUACUCAAUGUGUGUCAUUACCUAUAUCGGCAUGGGUCAGGGCUUAUAUUUAACCUCCCGCCCAAGUUCAUGCCUUGCUUGAAAAAUGAAAAGUGGAUUUGAUCUCACCCCCACCUCACCUUCAGGUCCACUGCUGACGACGCCAGUAACGGCGUGGGCUGGGUGGAGCGAGACUAUCCCUCCUCCGGGACUGUCCUUCCAAAAGACACCAAGGCAGCUCUUCGACACCUCACUCAAACUGCUGGACCCAGCUGUGUCACCCCAGCCCCGACUCCCCACUCCCAAAUAACGAGACUGAAACUCUGGAAGGGAUGCCAAACAAUCGUCAGUGACCCUGACACAAAGCUCUUCUUUGUUGUAUAUACUCCUUCACUUCCUAUUGUCAUUUUAUUUUAGAGUCACUGUGAUUACCUGGUACCAGCAGAUAACGAUAUAUUCAAAUUAAAUUAUAAAUCUAAACUUUAUCUAUAUGUGAAGACAACAUGUACAGCUGAACUAUCCAGUGUUACCUAAUGCAUUCGGUUGUGUCCUUUAUGGCAGGAUGGUUGAUAAUGCAGACACGAGUAUGUUAGCAGGCUGUUUCAUACAUACUGUUUAAAAUGGUGAUGCCUUGUUUGAAAUGAUACACAGAGUGGAGAAGUUAAAGAAUAUCUGAUGUGUUGCUGUGUUCCUAUGUAUAGUUCUUUAGAUUGUAGGAGGUUGUUGAAGCAUGGUAAUCUGCAAGACAACUUCCAAGCUCCCCUCUGUACGUGUGUAUGUAUGUAUAAAAAUGUAAUAACUUAUUAACCUUGAAAAUGUGGAAUUCCUUGUUAGAUGUUUUAAUACAAGGGGAGGCAGGAAGCUAUGACAUGUGCUAUAAAGUGAAAGGUAACGGUGGGGGUUGGUUUUAAUGAAAACUUUUUUUUGUAGAAAUUCAAACUCAAGAAGACGGGGAGAAAAACAUUCCUGCAAUGGUGUAUUUCUAAAUGAUAUUGGUUCUCACUUUAUCAUUCUAGUAUUUCUAUAUGAUAUCGGUUCUCACUUUAUCAUUCUAGUAUUUCUAAAUGAUAAUGGAUCUCUUUAUCGUUCUAGUAUUUCUAAAUGAUAAUGGUUCUCUUUAUCGUUCUAGUAUUUCUAAAUGAUAAUGGUUCUCUUUAUCGUUCUAGUAUUUCUAAAUGAUAAUGGUUCUCUUUAUCGUUCUAGUAUUUCUAAAUGAUAAUGGUUCUCUUUAUCGUUCUAGUAUUUCUAAAUGAUAAUGGAUCUCUUUAUCGUUCUAGUAUUUCUAAAUGAUAAUGGUUCUUUUUUAUCAUUCUAGUACUUAUUAAUGAUAAUGGUUCUCUUUAUUAUUUAUUAUUUCCAAAUGAUAAUGGUUUUCUGUUUAUCAUUUAGUAUUUCCGAAUGAUAAUGAUUCUCUAUCAUUCUAGUACUGAGCUGUUCAGUCAGAGCUCCUACAUUCACACGCAGUAAGGUCGCUAACGUCACUAGGUAUGCCUUGAAGAAUGACCCUCAUUCUCUUCAGAGAGGACAGGGCAGACAGCAUGGCUAGACUGGUGUAUGUGAAGGCUUCUUUCUCAGACAUUGUGCCUACCUGAAAUCGUAAUGUAUGGUAAUCAGCUUGACAUCCUCAGCCCCUUUCUUCAUGGUGGUUGGUUGCAGACAGUGUCAGGGCAUCCUUUUUCAUCCAGGACAGAUAGGUGUGUCUGUAACAAGACACAGACAGGUGUAGGUUUGGUUGGUACAGGGUCUCUCUGGGGAACUUCAUCUAAAAGAUGGGUGGAGGGACCCCAGUAAAGGGUCAUUACGGUUACGUGAAGUCGAUAUGACCACGAUAUGACCACGCAACCGUAAAAUUGGACAAUUCUGAACUAUGCUCCAAAUCAAACUUUGUUACACUUUGAAUCCCCAUUCACGUAACACAGGAAGUAUGCCUUCGUGACACCUGACAUCACAUUGUCACAAAAUAGCCGUUUCAUCUGCUGGAAAAAACUAUGUCCACCGAGCCAGCAGAAAACCUGUGGGAAUGGCCCCUGGUCCAAACAGUGUUGCUGUUGCCUCUUCCCAUCCAAGCUGUCGGGUUGCAUUUUUAUUUCCUGAAGUGUUUAUUUCUGCUCUCCUCUUAUUGGUUUGCCUUACAUGUCAUCGCACCAUCCUUUCAGGAUAUGAUACUAUAUGUGCCCUACAUCCAUACAGGAGUCUUGUUGGGGAAGAUUGACUACAGUACAUGAUUACCAGUUGAAACUCACAAUGGCAUAUCCCCAGUGAAGGAUUGGACUUGUCCUGGUAGCACCCAUUAUGCAUCUGAGUCAGAUCUUACAGAGCUGACGGUACCAUCAGCAUGCACUGGCACACUGGGGAAACGUGUUGUAAAACGCAAUGAUGUGCUCAGUACCAUGCCGCCUCCAAACCUGUUCAUUCACGAGAAAAGUAAAUUGACUAAAUGUUGUUCAUGUACUGUGAACUGGAGGGCUCAUGGCAAUAAAGAAUCCUCUGUACCUUAA